AAGUAAGUAGCUCUUGCCACGACAUGAUUCUUGAUGUCAUUGUAUGGCGUUAAAAAUACCCGAUAAGUCUUUAAGACUUUUAGUUCAACUUCUCCCAAGUCUCUCAUCUUCUCAACCAUCAUUACUACUCACACAUUUUGGAUUUAGCUCUCAACCAACAUUAAACCGCCCAACAGCUCUUUCAUCUCAAUUGCAUCACUUGACCUUCCUUCAUCGAGAAUGCUGUCGACUGUAUUCCUCACACUUGCUGCAGCCCUUCUGCAGGCCUGCACAGCCUCACCGGUACUGUCACCACUGCCAGUAUCCGAGGGUCUCCAGUUUCCUAAGCCAAUUCCCCCAAAGAAGGACCCCUGGUACACACCACCAGACAAGCACUGGGUUUCGAAGCCCCCGGGCACCUUGCUGCGAGUCCGAGAGGCUCCCGGCAACUUCACACUUCUGAAACAUGCCCACAAGGUCUACAACCUCAUGUUUCGAACGACCAACAGCCAGAACCAAUCUGAGUGGGCGGUCACCACCGUGUUCUUCCCAAAAUCCCCGGCAAUAUCCAAAGAUGGCGUCUUGCCACUGCUCAGCUACCUGAUUCCGUACGAAUCAGCUUGUCUUGAUGCGAGCCCCAGCUAUUCGUUGAGCGAAUAUCUCGCCGGCGAGCGUCUCAACGUGGCAGUACGCGAUAACAUUGUAAAGGCGCUGGGGAAUGGAUGGCUUGUUGACAUACCGGAUUACGAAGGCCCCAAAGCGUCCUACUUUGCCGGACAGAUGGCUGGCCACGCAACACUCGACUCCAUAAGAGCACAUCUCAAAGUUUUCGCUGAACAUAUGCCUCUGAUCAAAUUACGAUAUGCCAUGCUGGGCUACUCUGGUGGAGCCCAGGCAGUCGAAUUCGCUGCCGAACUGCAGCUCAAAUAUGCUCCGGAGCUCAUUUUCAGUGGUGCCGCUCUAGGGGGUGUGCCGGCCAAUGCUCUGGACUUCUUCCGUGCAUGCUCUGGCACGAUCUGGUCAGGCGCGGUUGUACAGGCCAUCGUCGGCGUAAUGAACCAGUUUGAUAAAGUAGAGCAGUACGCCAUGUCCCUGCUGAAGCGUGAGAAGAGGGACGAGUUUCUUUCAGCGAGAGAAAUGACAAUCGAUGAAAGCCUUCGCCGCUUCGCGAACAAGAAUAUUUCUAAUUACUUCAAAACCGGAGAAGAUGGAAUGGAAAACGUCAUUUCCAAGGAAGUCCUCGCCAGCGAUUGUACCAUGGGCAACCUUGGCACCCCUCAGAUGCCCAUGUUCAUAUACCAGUCAAUCCACGAUGAGGCCAUGCCCAUCAAGAACACGGAUGUCCUCGUUGAGCAGCACUGUAAUAACGGGACCAAGAUCACGUUCGAACGCAAUACCAUCGGAGGCCAUCGUGAAGGUGGUGUUAAUGCGUUUCGGAGCGUUUGGAGGUUCUUGGGCGAGGUCAUGGGCGGGAACUACACUACACCCUCAAAGUGCAACAUCACCGACACCUCGUACAACUUUACCUUGACUUCAGAUGGAAUUUCCUCCCUUCGCCGCUGAGACGAGAUGGCCAACCAACACAUAGUCACAAAAGUGAACUUCACAGACAGCACUCCGUCUUCAUCACGUUGGGGGACAGAGUCCGAACACCUAAUACUUCCUUC